AUGGGCGUCGCCAAGAAGACGAGAAAGUUUGGUCUUGUCAAGCGAGUGAUUGGCAAAAGCGAUGCGCGACUAAAAGAGAACCAGGCCAAGCAGGAGGCGCUGCAGAAGAUCAAGGAGAAGAAGACGGUACAGGGCGAGCUGGUGCGCGAGGUGCAGCAGAUGCCCAGCAACAUGUUCUUCCAGCACAACACGGCCCUCGUGCCGCCCUACAACGUCCUCGUCGACACCAACUUUCUCAGCCACACGGUGCAGCGCAAGCUGUCGCUGCUCGAGUCCAUGAUGGACUGCCUCUACGCCAAGUGCAACCCCAUCAUCACCUCGUGCGUCAUGUCCGAGCUCGAGAAGCUCGGUCCCAAGUACAGGCUGGCGCUGCGUGUGGCCCGCGAUGAGCGCUGGCAGCGCCUCACGUGCGACCACAAGGGUACAUACGCCGAUGACUGCCUCGUCGACCGCGUGCAAAAGGACAGGAUAUAUAUUGUGGGCACCAACGAUAGAGCGCUGAAGCAGCGGCUGCGCAAGAUUCCCGGUGUGCCGCUGAUGAGCGUCGCGCGAGGCAAAUAUGUUAUAGAGAGGCUGCCCGUCCUUUCUCAAAACGAAAACACGGGCAAGUUUGCUACAAUGAAACUCUCCCUUAUCAUUGUUCCGUCUCUUGCAGGCAUGACCGUCGCCGCGCCGGCCGCUGCGCAAGGCGCUGUAAACGGACAGGCACCUGAUGCUUCAGCAAAGGGGCUGUCCGAUCUCCUCGGUGGUCUCGCCCCGGCCAGCCCCAAUAACGGCGCCGCUAACGGCGGUGCGAACGGCGCAGGCGCCGGUGGUCUGGGGGGUCUCCUCGGAGGUCUGGACCUUGGCAAUCUUGGCAACUUAUUGGGUGGCCUGAAUGGUGGCGCCGCGGGCAACGCCGGUGGCAACAAUGGAGGCAAUGCUGGCGACAAGAACGGAGGAAAUGCAGGUGACAACAAGGGAGGCAAUGCUGGUGGCAACGCUGGCGACAAGAAUGGAGGCAAGGCCGCGGACCAAAACAAAGGCAACGCUGGCGAUAAGAAGGGAGGUAAUGCUGGUGAAAUCAAUGGAGGGAAUGCCGGCAACAAGAACGGAACAGACGCUGGUGACCAAAACGCCGGGAAGAAGGACGGAGGAAAAGCUGGUGACAAGAAUGCCGGGAAGAAGGACGGAGAAAACGCUGGUGACAAGAAUGCCGGCGGCAAGAAUGCCGGCAAUAAGAAUGGAGGCAACGCCGGUGAUAUUAAUGGAGGAAACGCCGGGAACAAGAACGGAACAAACGCCGGAGAUCAGAAUGCCGGGGACAAGAACGCCGGGGACAAGAACGCUGGGGACAAGAACGCUGGGAAGAAGGAAGGAGGAAACGCUGGCGACAAGAAUGCCGGCGACAAAAACGCUUGCAACAAGAACGCCGGUGACAAGAACGCCGGUGACAAGAACGCCGGUGACAAGAACGCUGGUGACAAGAACGCUGGUGACAAGAACGCUGGUGACAAGAACGCUGGUGACAAGAACGCUGGUGACAAGAACGCCGGUGACAAGAACGCCGGUGACAAGAACGCCGGUGACAAGAACGCUGGUGACAAGAAUGCCGGCGAUAAGAACGGAGAAAAGGCUGGCGACAAGAAUGGAUGCAAUGGUGGUGACAAGAAUGCAGGCAAAGCCGGUGACAAGAAUGCAGGAAACGCUGCAGGUGAUGUUGGCGGCAAAAAAGGCGGUAACGCGGGUGGUAAUGCUGGUGGCGAGGCCGGCAAUGCUAAGCAACCACCAGCUGCACCUGCCGGCGAUGCAGCUUCUCAAAACCAGACCGAGCCAGCUACCGGGGCUCCUAAGAAGGAGAAGUCGAAUGGCGUCUGA